CCCCUCGGGUGGGUACUGGUUGUUUUGCAACGCAGGACGGGGCGCGGCCCUGGGCAGGAGGCAGACCCGGCAGCGCCUCCCCCUCGCCGGAUCCCGGACACGGUGGCAGCCUGAACCAGAGAACCCCCAGUACCGUACCCCGGAGCCCCGACAUCAAUUCACCAGCCUCUGCCCGGAAUCCUGUCACAUCAACCAUGGCCUCCAAGUCUCCUGUGUCACCCUUCUCUGCCCUGCCCUGUGCCCCGCUCCUUGUCCCGAGCGGGCUGAGGACCCUGGCAGCCGCUGCACCCGCCGGGGGUGGCAAGCUAACACACCCGGGCAAAGCCAUCCUUGCAGGUGGGAUUGCUGGAGGAAUAGAGAUAUGCAUCACAUUUCCCACAGAGUAUGUCAAGACCCAGCUACAGCUAGAUGAGAAAGCUAACCCACCAAGAUACCGGGGAAUAUGGGACUGUGUGAAGCAGACGGUGGACGGCCAUGGGGUGAAAGGGCUGUACCGGGGGCUUAGCUCGCUGCUGUAUGGUUCCAUACCAAAGGCCGCCGUCAGGUUUGGGAUGUUUGAGUUCCUCAGUAAUCAGGUGCGGGAUGCAGAUGGCAAACUAGACAGUAAACGCAGUUUACUGUGCGGCCUGGGUGCAGGUGUGGCAGAGGCUAUUGUGGUGGUCUGUCCCAUGGAGACUAUUAAGGUAAAGUUUAUUCAUGACCAGUGCUCCCCAAACCCAAAAUACAAAGGCUUUUUCCAUGGAGUGCGAGAAAUCAUUCGGGACCAAGGCAUAAAAGGGACAUAUCAAGGUUUGACAGCUACAGUCCUCAAGCAGGGAUCCAACCAGGCCAUUCGUUUCUUUGUCAUGACUUCACUAAGGAACUGGUAUAGAGGUGACAAUCCUAACAAGCCAAUGAACCCGCUUGUGACCGGUGCAUUUGGGGCAAUAGCUGGAGCUGCCAGUGUGUUUGGAAACACUCCCCUGGAUGUGGUGAAGACAAGGUUGCAGGGAUUGGAAGCUCAUAAAUACAAAAGCACCUGGGACUGUGCCUAUAAGAUUCUCAAGUACGAGGGACCCAGAGCGUUCUACAAGGGGACUGUCCCUCGUCUUGGACGUGUCUGUCUUGACGUGGCCAUUGUCUUUAUCAUCUACGAUGAAGUGGUGAAGGUCCUAAACAAGGUGUGGAAUACUGAAUGAGAUUGGCCAAUGGUGAAAAAACCAUGGGCUCUGCCAUGUUGGAGCCUUGUUGGUGCCAAAGACUUCAUCUAAUAAUUGCCUAACUCUGGUAUGAAAAAUGUUCCAGUACCUCCCAUUCCAGAAGAAAUGCCUUCAUCCUGCCUGUCCUCCGCCUGCAUCUUCAUAUUGUGACCACACCUCACUUACCACAUGGCCAGCCAAAAGAACUUGCAGCACAGUUACAAGAUAGUUAGCAAGGUUUUGUAACUGAGGAUAUUUAUGAAAUUUUACCUUUUUAUCAUUGGAAUAUUUUCGAUUUUUAUCUUUUUAAGUGAACCCUAUAAAAGAAAUGAUCUCUUUAAACCUUUUAGCGCUGUGCCGUGGACAAAGUCAUAACCGGAACAAUAUUUACAUUCGAAGGGUUUAUCUGUUUAGAACUAACAAAAAUGUGAUUCUGAUUAAAAGGCCAAUAUUCAUCCUCAAUUACCUGAAUUGACGACUCAUGUUAAACUGGUCACAUGGGGCGAUUUUGUAAGGCAAACCAAACUGGCCUGUUUGUAAGCCUCCUGUAUAGAUGGCUAGGAGUGAUUGGGGCCUGUCUGGAUUUUAUUAGUUGUUGGUCAAAAGUGCAACUGAUUGAAUGAGUCUCAGAUGUGUCGCCAAAGAACAUAUAGGGCUUAAUUUAGAGUUUGAUGCAUUUUGCGCUUCAAACAUACAUAUAUUUACUAAAAUGAGUGUUCAUAGAAGUGGAGAUGUUGCCCUUAGCAACCAAUCAGAUUCUAGCUAUUAUCUUCUAGAAGGUGCUAGAUAAAUAAGUAAAAUCUGAUUGGUUGCUAUGGGCAACAUUCCACUUCUAUGAACACUCGCUUUAGUAAAUUUACCCAAUAGAUUCUGAUGCAAAUAAUAAAUAAAUAUGUGCGUGUACAGAGCCACACUGUGGAUAUGUCCACGUGAUAAGGUUGCAUCUCUAGGAGGCGGCCUUCACGUAACGUGAACAUGUCUUUACUGUACUCGGCUACGACAUGACUUGUCCAUGUUCCACAUCUUCAGUCGUAAAGGGACACAAUUCUAGAUACAGAUAAUUUUGCGCAUUAUGGAAAUGCAUUUAUUCACAACACAAUCAACAUGCAUCUAAUUUUUAAUAAGGCUCAGUCUAAAUGUAUAUGACCAACUUUAAUUUUUCAAGUAAUUUAUUAAGCCUUACUUGACUUGGAUGUUCUGUAAUCUAUUAAAAACACUCAUUAGCAGGACACAGCUUGAAAAUGCAAUACCCUUUUAAAUUUCAGCCGUAGACAUAAUUAGUUUUGCCGGGUUUUACAACUCAAUGCUUCAUACAUAAACCAAUAAUGGUCCAACGCCAUUUAGCCCUCUAGCGCAACUUUUUCUCAUCCAUUUAAUGUUAAUGUUAACAUUAUCCUGAUUCUUUUUAAAUAUGUUUAGCAUUGUGUGUGAACAGAAACAGUAGGUUUUUGAAUUAUUUCUAGAACUACAAUUAAUUUGCAUUAUUGGUAAAUAAUUGUGCCCCCAUUAUGUGUUCAUUUGUAUUGUGCCACAAAGCUCUAAUUAAUAAGUCUCUCUCUCUCUUUUUCGAUAUAUAUCUAUAUAAAGUGAUUAAUGUCUCCACUGGAUCACAUGAAGAGACAUCCUACA